AUGCCACCAGCACCAGCGCCAGCAGAGGAGCAGGCGGGGAAGCCCUUCUCGCUGACGUCCCACCUCCUCGCCACCACCGACCCCGCGACCUGGCAGGCCGCCACGCAGGCGCCCUUCCUCCGCGCCGCCGGCGAGGGCCGCCUCCCCAAGCGCGACCUGGCGCUCUGGCUCGCCAACGACCGGCUCUACGUCCACGCCUACAUGCGCGCCGUGGGCUGCCUGCUCUCGCUCGUCGACGUCCCGCCCGUCCCACCGCCCGGCAGCGAAAACGGCGACCCCGCCGUCGAGUCGCAGAUCGUGGACUGGCUGUGCGACGCCCUGGCCGGCGUGCGGCGCGAGGAGCGCUGGUUCGUCGACGCGGCGCGCCGGUACGGCCUCGAGCUGCGCCUGCCCGGCGCCGGCGCGAAGCUGCCCGGCCUGCCGCUGUACGAGCGGCUGUUCGAGGCGGUGGGGCUCGCGGUCCUGCGGGGCGGGAGCCCGCCUCCCUGCGCGUGGCUCGAGGGCGGCGUGCUGCUGUGGGCGACGGAGAAGUGCUAUCUGGAGGCGUGGACGUGGGCGCGGUCGCUCAAGGGCGACGAUACGUCGCCGUCGUCGUACGAGGGCGACGCGGACGGCGGGGCCGCGAGGAAGGAGUUCAUCGACAACUGGAGCAGCGACGAUUUCAGGGCCUUUGUCGACCGGUUCCGGGACGUCCUGGACCGCGGCGUGCGGGAGUACAUCUCCGGGAGCGGGGGCGAGGUCACCCCCGAGGCCGUGGUGGUGCGGGUGCAGUCGGUGUGGGAUGCGGUCUUGCAAGCUGAGAUUGGGUUCUGGCCGGUCGUCGAGUGA